AUGAAACGAGUCCAAAUCCCGAGUCAGGAGCUUGACGAAUCCGAGGUGGAGGUGGGAGAAGAAAGGAAAGAAGAAGCAGUCAACCCCCUUUGUAAAAUCGAGGGAGAGAUAAAUGAGGCACAAGAAAAAUCGGGAAGAGCUGAAAUCGAAGCCCAAGCUUUGAAGGAAGCUCUCAUUCAAUUAGAGGCUGAAAAGAAUGCUGGACUGGUCAAACAGAAAGAGUAUUUGGAGAGGAUAUCUGAUCUCGAGGCUAUGGUUUCGAAAUUCCAAGAAGAUACAAAGGGGCUCGACGAAAAAGCGCUCGAAGCAGAAAGCGAAUCUCGAACCCUAAAAGAUCAAAUGUCGAGAUUAGAGCUCGAAAAGGAGACGGUGAUGCAACAGUACAAACAGUGCCUCGAAAAAAUAUCAGAGUUGAAGAACAAAAUCUCUAUAAUCGAAAAUGAGGCCAGCCUCCUUAAGAAACGAGCCGAGAGAGCUGAAGCUGAAGUUUCUGAACCGAAAAGGGCGUUUGCUGAUCUGAACAAGGAGAAAGAAGCUUCGGCCCUACACUUGAAUGAUAAAGUCUCGAUUGGAAAUGUGAAGCUCAAGACUACCGAAGAGAAGUGUGCUCUGUUCGAGGAGUCGAAUCAAUCACUGCGAGUCGAAGCGGACAAUCUUGCGAAAAAGAUUGCUGCGAAAGAUCAAGAACUCUCAAAAAAGCAGGGCGAACUAGAGAGUCUUGAAGUGCGUUUAAAGGACGAGCAUCUCCGCCACGAAAAAGUCGAAGCCACUCUCGAGACUCUGCGAAAUUCGCACUCUAAAUCUCGAGAUGAUCAAAUGGCUCUGACGCUUGAGCUCAAAAAUGUAGUUCAAAAGCUGAAAGAAACUGAAGCUAGCAAAAAUUGCUUGGAAGAAGAGAUUCGGCAAGUUAGAGAUGAAAACGAUAGUUUGAGCCAAACGAACUCUUCUACGGAUAGUAUGCAGAAUGAAAUCUUUAGUUCGAGGAAGAUUAAGGAAAGGCUCGAAAAGGAAGUUUCGCACCACAUUGGGAUAACUAUUUCUCUUCAAAGGGAAAUUUCGAAUUUGAAAGAAGAAAUCGAAGGGUUGAAUAGGCACUAUCGGGAUUUAGUGGAGCAAGUGGAAGAAGCAGGUCUCGACCCCACGAAUGUGUUGAUUUCAAUUAAGUGCUUGCACGAGGAGAAUUCGAAACUGAGGCGACUAUGCGAAAAAGGCAGAAACGAGAAAGCAAUCAUGUCGAAGAAGCUAGAGAAUAUUGAAGACGCGUUGUUGGAAUCGGGCCAAUUUAUUUACGGAGAAAAAACUGCUCUAGUUGCUGAGAAAGCUUCUAUUUUGUCUCAAUUACAAGCCAUGACCGAGAAUAUGCAGAGUUUAGUGGGAAGAAACGCCGUUUUGGAGGAUUCAUUAUCCACCGCCAAAAUCGAGCUCGAAGAUUUGAGGGAAAAAUCGAAAGGGUUAGAGGAGAUUUGCAAAUUGCUCAAGAACGAAAGAUCGCGUCUUUUGACCGAAAGGGGCAGUUUACCGGAUACGAGUAAAGGUCGUGAAGAUGCUGCUGUACUCGAGGCUGAAUUCGGGAGUCUUUGUGUCAAACAAGCUGAUUUGCAGAAGACGUAUAAUGCAUUACAGGCAGUUUACUCGAAAGUGAAUCAAGAAAAUACGUAUUUGUUGAAGAAGUUUUCGGAUCCGAAAGAUGAGAAAUACGAGUUAGAUCGGUGUAACGAGGAUGCAAUUCUUGAAUUUUUAUCAUCUGCUAAUGUAUCUGAAGUCUUGAGAAGUUCUAGGAGAGAGAAAAUCGAAGAAGUGAAAUUACUUCUCGCAGAUCUGAACCGACAAAAUGAGGUCAAUGUUAGCCUCGAAAAGGAAAUGAGUGUAUUGAUAGGAAAGCCUGAGUUGCAAAAGGCGGAAAAUUUAGCCCUGAAAGAUGCCGUUCUUAGCUUGGAAAUCGAGAUAAUCAUCUUACGCAGUACUGCUCGACUGUUGGAGGAAAGUAGUGAUUCCAUGCUUGUAAAGAAUCAGAAACUUCUACAUGAAUCGUUUUUGUCGGAAAUGAUGAUUUUGCAGUUGGAGAAGAAAAGUUCCGAGCAACAACUUGAGCUCAAUUCUUUGUCAGACCAAACUAGUUAUCUGAGGGCAAGAUUUUUCGAUUAUUGA